AGCCAUUGGAAUGGGCUGCCCAGGGAGGUGGUGGAGUCACCAUCCCUGGAGGUAUUUAGGAAGAGACUGGAUGUGGCACUUAGUGCCAUGGUCUAGUAGGCAAGGUGGUGUUCAGUCGAAGGUUAAAGGUUGGACUCGAUGAUCUCAGAGGUGUUUUCCAACCUAAUCGAAUCUGUGAGUUGCAGCAAUACUGCACAGUGACUCCAUGGUGCUACUUCGAACAAAGGAGACACAGUAACCUACAUCUUGGGAGUGAGUGUAUGGUCACUUGAGAAACAAGCCCACGAACCCAGUGAUCAGCGGGUGAUCGCCCACGGGAGCCCGGCGUGGCCGUCGGGAGCCUGCCCUCCCUGUUAGGGGAGGAUCCCCGAGCGGGGAGCGCCGCGGGGAUGGCGAGGGCGGCGGCGGGGCCGGGGCGGAGGCGGGCGGGCCCGUAAGGAGGAGGAGGAGAAGGAAGAAGAAGAAGAAGAAGAAGAGGCAGAGGCGGAAAAGGCGGCGGGCGAUGGCCGGGGCGCUGCUCCGCGGGGUGCGGCGCUUCCCCUGGCUCUGCAACGUGCUGCUCUACGGGGGGCUGUUCGCGGCGGGGGACGCGGCGCAGCAGCUGCUGCGGCGGCGGGGGGGACACCCGCCCGACUGGGCGCAGACGCGGCGAGUGGCGCUGGUGGCCCUCGCCUUCCACGGCAACUUCAGCUACGUGUGGCUGCGGGCGCUGGAGCGGGCGCUGCCCGGCCGCCGCCCGCCCGCCGUGCUCGGCAAGGUGCUCUGCGACCAGCUCCUGGGAGCGCCCGUCGCCGUGCUCGCCUUCUACACGGGUAUGAGCAUCCUUCAGAGGAAAGAGGACAUCUUUUCAGACUGUAAAAAAAAAUUUUGGAAUACAUAUAAGACAGGACUGAUGUACUGGCCUUUUGUGCAGCUCUCAAACUUCAUUUUGAUCCCUGUUCACCUGAGAACAGCUUACACUGGGCUCUGUGGCUUUGUCUGGGCUUCCUUCAUUUGCUUUUCCCAGCAGAGUGGAGAUGGCACAGCAAAGUCAGCAUUUAUGUGGCUCCAAGGAGAGAAGGUCAAUGCAGAUGAAGAACCAUCAGAGAAAAAAGAACUUUAGUUCUGAACACAUUCUAAAUUGCUGAACUGGGCUUACGGAAGUCGGUAAAUCACAGUGCAGCCUCACUGCUGUGUUUAAAAUAAACAGUUAUCUCAACAUUUGGUGGUUAGUAUAAGCAGUGGAACAGUUUGUCUUUGUGCCUGUUUAUUUUUCAUAAAAGAGGCCAGUUGUAUAUUGACAUUUAAUUAUUUUCAUGCUGUCAUCCCAUCUCAUCUGGGAACAACUGACUUGCAGGGCAAUGUAAGCAUUUGCACAUCAUGUCAGACUGCCUCACUGGGGAGAAAUAUUAACUGUAAUUUAAUUUUCAAGCAACUUGUAAUUGCUAGAAAAAGGGGAAUAGAACAUUAAAUCAUCAGUUGUCGGACUUGACAAUUGUUAUCAAUGCAAGAUUGCUUUUGCAGAACAAAAUUUAAUGGAUUCUAUAUCUAAAAAAUGGCAUUGAAUCUGUUUUAUUGAGUGAAAAUGAAAGUGCUGUGUUUGUAGGGCCCACUUUUCUAUGGGGCCAACUUGUUUUAUUCUACAUGAAUAUUCAUAUAGCAAAUGAAUUAUUUCAUAGAAUGUACCAACCUGAACUAUGUUUCUACAUGUUUUAUCUUAACUGUGAGAAUAAAGAUAACUAACUUUGGUCAGAGAUAACUAACUUUUGGGCUGGAUGCUGCAUAUUGACCCUUGGAGUCAUGAGCAGCUCCUACAGGAUGGAACCUGACUAAGCCCUGCUGUGAGCUUUUGUUCUGUGUGCCAACAACUGCUUCCUUUGCCCCCCAAGGGUGAAAGUAUAGAAGUUUUGAAAGUAUAGGAGUAUAGAAGUACGUGGGAGUCUUGACUCCUCCACUCUUCUCAACUGUUUCAUUAUACUGAAGAUAUAAUUAAGAUUUUGAAGAGAAAGAGCACGGGGAGGAAGGUAACAUGAAUGCCAGAAUCCAUCUCGAAACAAUCCAGCUUUAUAUAAGGAACUUUCGUUUCUUCCUCAAAUGGCUUUUAAACAUUCCUACUCAUAAAAGACCCUGGGUAACUAUACAUAGGAGAUGAGGUGAAGGUGAAAAUUAAUUAUAGAUCUGCUUUGUCAGCUUGAGGAUCAGGUCUGGAUACGGGUAUUUUUUCAAUGUGCAUAUGUAUGUCAGAACAGGAACUGUGCAAAUUUCUGUGGUUGCAGGAAGCUGAAAUCAGGCCCAAGGAGCCCUUGGUAUGUUAGAGUGGGAUUUUAUGCCUUGAAGUUACUAAAUUGUAAGCUUGAAACAGUAUCUGAUUUAAUGCAUCUGAUUGUAAAGAGAGGACUCAACCCUGUGUUACAAUAAUGAUAAACCACUUGGAGGAAGGUUUCAAUUCCUCAGGCUUGUCUAAGCAGUGUCCCAAAGCCUGCUUAGGCUAUAAAUAUACAUUCCUUUGGCCAGCAGCUGUAUUACUGAAUAUAUUGCUAACAAUUAUUUGUCACUGUAGGAGCCCAAUGCUGCUUAGCUGAGACAGGGAUAGGGAUCAUGCAAGCACUGCCUCAGCUAUUUCAGUAAAAUCAACUUGUUUAGCAUAACCCUGUGGUCAGGAGUGAUGCAAAGUACCCAUAUGGCCUUGACUACAGGUCUACAGCAGUGGGAGAAGAGUAGAUGGCAGGGGGCUGCUUCUGCAGUCUGUUUUGCUGGCAGACAAGUGGAGGAGCUUUCUUCCCUCUCAGGAUAGAAAAGUCACUGCAAUUCCAUCUGCAGCUGCACAGGCAGAUGUGGAAGAGCACACCUGCCUGCAAGCUUAAGGUGGAAUUAAUUUUACUUGACUUUUGACACCUGUAGUCUGGACAUUUCAAUUGGGCUGAUCAGGUUGAGCUCUGUACGAUGAAUUGGGCACUUCAAGGGUCUGUGUUUUGCCAUCUGUAACACAGAGGCUCCCACAACUGGCUGCUGUGUCAGUAGCUUCACUGUAGAUGCUUACAUUUGGUGAGUUGGAUUCCCCUGCUGGGUGUUGCUGAAUUAAUCCCAUUGUGUGAAUUGAGCAGUCCUGAUGCUGGACAUCCCAGUAGGAGCAGGAAUCCACAGAGGAGCUAACAGCAUUUUGUCUGUCUAUUUAAAAAAUGAGUGAACAGAUGUUUCAGACAGGUAUAGCUGUUAAAUUGUUCUUGUCAUAUAAAGUCCUCAGGAUAAAGAAGCAAUUUCAGUAGUGGGUUUUUUUCUGUUGGUAUUUUUAGGGUCAGAUUAGUAUUUUGAAGUCUGUUCUAUUCAGUAAGAGUUAAAAGUUUCGGUUAAGUGUGCUAAUUAAGUAUUUAACUUUUUUUUAAUGGAUGCUAUUUAUUUUCAUUUCUGCUUGUGCCUUAAGUGUUUAAUAUAAUUCAUUUGGAGAAGGGAACUGGAAAAUAAUGACAUUACAAGGAGAGUGAAAUGGUGUUGAUUUGCUGUAAGGAGUGUGUGAUGUUCCUCUGAAACUUGGAGCAAAAAAUCCUGCUUUGUGGGUAUAACUGGUAAAACCUAAUCCCCAGGUGAAUCAAGAUUUUAUAACUGUUCUCGUGAUCUGUAUAAUUCUGUCUUUUUCAUCAGAACUAAUGAAUGGAAGAUCCAUCUUUUAUUUUAAAUGGCUUAAAAGCUUAUACAAGCUGUGCUUUAUUGCUGUUUGCUUUUGUGCUGCCAGCUUUUUGCUUGGGAAUUUGAGCUAAAUCCUGCUUUGUCUUCAAGUUUCUCUGGCUGUGGGCUUCAGGAUUUCUCUCCAUAUACUUGAAGUAUAUUUCUCUCCAUAUACUUGAAGUACAGUCCUUUCAUGUAAUGGAAGCCUGUGGCUCUUAUAUUUCAGUAGACUUUAGAUCCUGCAAAAUCCUUUCAUUUCCUCCAUUUCUGUUGUUGACAGUUAAGUAACCCAAGUCUCUUUUCUCAUUAAAAAAAUUGUUUUGUUUUUUCUUUUAAUUAUAAGCACCGAUUGGUCUUACAAACUUUUCAGACCCACAUAAUGCAAAACAAUGAAGCUGUGUUGGGCCAAAUUCUCAGUGUGCAUAAAUUAAUGCACCUUCUAGAGAUUUUUUUCCUGUCAGUUUAGUCUGAGGGCCUAAUCCCUUGGUUGUUAGAGGUUUCAUUACUUCUUGGCACUUUUUUGGUUUAGAAGAUUAAUUUCACAGAAUAACAGAAUGGCUGAGGUUGGAAAGGACCUGUGAAUGCCCAGGCCAGGUCAUCUAGUCCAACUCUAUUUGAUACAUAUGUAAACUUUUGUUUUCUUCUAGUAAUUCAGUAAUUUCUUGGGGGAGGGGGGGAAGAUGGGUGAGACUUGUCCUAAUGUCUCUCUGCCACCCUUUCAAAACAGUUAUACAGGCUUUAUGACUAUUUCAAGGAAUUGCACUGAUCUUACUGCCAGCUGAACAUGCAGAUUUCCAUAACCAGGAGGAUGAACAGAAUUAUACAUCACAUGGGUGCUCAGGAAGGAGGGAACACACUGCCAGUACCUAUAGGCCUGCAGUCACGUAAUAUUUUUAUGUUGUGGAUCCUCUCUAAGAGCAAAUGGGAUGAGAAGACUUUUAUAUCAGGCUCAGUCCCAGCUUCACGUAAUUCUGGAUGGCUGUGGAGAUGUAGAGUCUGAAUUUGAUAAAAUGAGAAUUUCAAAAUGUAUUUUUCUACUGCAAAUCUUUUAUGCAAAUGAACCUUCUGUGCUUACUAGUAUGUUAAAUACAUCCUUCUAGGCUUGGAAAAUUCACCAGAAGGCCUCUGUCUUUUUCACACCAGAAGCGACCACCCAGUAACAGCAUAAAAUAACCAGUUUCAUACUGCAGCAAAGGUGAAACUGCCUGCAGUUUGUUACCAUAUCUGAUGUGUUAAGUUCUCUGUAUAGCACAACCUUCGAAAUCUAUGCAGCCUCAGCCUUCCAAUUCUCUGCUGUAAGUGCCAAUGCUUCCUGCUCGUGCUGCUGCCUCUACUGCUACUGCCAAUCCGGUGAGAUGUGCAAGAAAUACUUGAAUUUUACUAAAGUAAUGAAUUUCAAAUUGACUGAAAUUGUCUGUGUUUUUGCAAAGGCUUAAUAAACAUUAAAUGCUCUUCUUUG